UUUCAGUUUAAUUCUUUUGUAACUCAAUGGCUACUUUGCAAUUGAAAUUUUAUUUAAUAUAUUUUAGAUUUUUGGAAACCAGGAACAUCAAUACAGAGUUGGUAUAUCAAUGAAUUUGAUGAAAAUCCAAAUGAAGUCGAAAGGAAUUCAGACGAUGAGGGCAGUACAGCUAGCAAUGAAGAACCUCCAGUCACCGAUGAGUUGGUUCCUCCAAAAUACAUUUCUGAUGACAAGAAAAAUAUAAAGAACAAUAACAAACUCUACUGGAGAAGACUAGCUUGUUUGGGUAAAGAUGGUGAAAUUGCUAAAACAAUUUGUUGCUCCGAUCACCAUCCAAAGCCAUGGGCAAUUCUUUUACCUAUGAAACAGAAAGUUGAAUGCCACAGGCCAAACUGCAAACAUGUUUGUUAUUUAGAAAUUCUCAAGUUAAGACAAAAACAACAUAGCAACAAGCAUGCUCAAAACAAGCAUAAUCAUGACAAUGAUAGAACAGAUAAAAUUAUUACGGAAAAAGAACCAGGCAACAUUAAUACCAAGGAAGUAACUACACCUUCACCAACUGUCGCAAUACCAGAGCUUAUACUAGAACUUAUAGAUCUUUGUAAUUUUUUAAACAAUUCAAAAUUAUUAAAGUUUGAGAAACUUAAUUCAUUUUGUAGAAUGAAGAACGUAAAUCUAGAAGAUUUUCUUAAUCAUGUUCAUUACAAAGGUAAUAAAAACUAUGGACUUGAAAAAAAUAAUACUAAAAUUAUUUUGGAAGAAGAAAUAGACAGUACUGACCCCAUGUCAUAUGAAGAAACAUUUUCUGAAAAGACUAUAUCUAGUGUAAUCCAAACAGUUGUGGGAUGCCAUACCAACGAAUACGAGCCUGAAGCAAUCACUGAAACAAAAAGAGUAGAAAAUACUGGAAUCCUAUUUAACAAGGAGACUAGUAAAGUGAAACAACAAGAUGUAUAUCGUUAUCAAUCCACACCAUUAAUUAGUUUCUCAAAAUUUAGAGAUAAUGAAAUAAGUUAUACUGACUUAAUAAGUACAACCAAAAUUGGUACUGAACUUGACACUGGUUGUUUUGUGGGUAGCAUGUUCUCUUUUAACAAACCCUUCCAGACUGUUAAUUUAAGACCAAGUGUAACUGAAAAUAUUAUGACUUACGAUGCUUGUUAUUGUGAUGAUGAAAAUAAAGAUCAAACUAUUCAAACUAGUUCUAUUAUAAGCAAAGUAGAUCACGCCAAAGAAAUAAAGGAUAAAUGUUGUUGCGAUUGUGAUAAAAAGAACAAAUUUGGUAGCAAGGUGGAUUUUAAAGGAAAAAAGAAACUAACAGAGUUUCUGCAAGUGUUAUUCCAUGGACCGAGGCCAACAUUUGCGUAUAACACCAAGUGUGUGAAUCUCGAAAUAGAGAAGAUGUUACAAAGUAAUUUUCCGAGUACAACACCAAUGGCAAUGCAUAGUGCAGCAAUGUCUUUUACAGUGCUAAAAGCAGUAAAACCUUCUGAGGUAAUGUCAGUUGUAAGAAGUUAUAAUGCAAAUGAAUCUGUAAAACAUUAUGUUGACUAUAUUGAUGAUAAGUGUGCGAGUAUGUACAAGUCAUAUAAACAAGCCCAGUGGGAAUAUGAAACUAACAUUAAUCACGAUACUAGACAGAAAUCUAUGGCCUCCUCAUUACAAUUUAAUCAUUUUUUAAGAGCUGUAACAAAUGAAUUAUCUAUCUUUAAAAAAACAAAUUUAAAUGACAUGAAGCUUCGAAGGCAGAUUAAACUUCUUGCUUUGCCUGGAAUGGACACACUUUCAGAGAUAAAAUCUAAUGAGUUUCAACAAAUUCUUUAUGCCAUGGAAGCAAUUUACUCUUCUGCUAUGGUUGGUAAAUAUAACCUCCAAUCACAAAAAAUAGCCUUGAAUCCAGAUAUAAUAAAUAUAAUGGCUCAUAGUGUUGAUCCAAAUGAACAAAAGUAUUAUUGGUUGGAAUGGAGAAAAGCUACUGGAAAGCAUAUUAGAUCAUUAUUUGAGCAUUAUAUCUCAUUGAUGCAACUUGCUGCUAAAACAAAUGGCUUUCACGAUGCCAGUGAAAUGUGGACAAGACAGUAUGAAUCUGAUGACUUUGUAGAUAUCCUUAGUAUUUACUGGGAAGGUGUGAAGCCAUUGUAUUUGCAGUUGCAUGCAUAUGUUCGGCACAAGCUCCAUGGUUUAUAUGGUGAUGUCGCUGGUGCAAAUGAUUGUGGAAAGAUUCCUGCUCAUUUAACAGGUGAUAUAUGGAGCAAAAAUUGGAAAAAUCUUUAUUCAAAAGUUAAACCUUACAAAAUAAAUGAUUAUAUGGAUCAGCCAUUAAAGAAAAAAAUGACACCUCAAAGGAUAACCAGAGAUGUCGAAAAUCUAUUUGUAUGUAUGGGCUUUUCAAAGCUACCCAAUAAAUUUUGGGAUAACUCUAUAUUUACUAAAGGUAAACACAAACUGAUUCUGUGCGAACCAUCAGCCUGGGAUAUGGGUGACGGUUUGGAUUACAGGAUAAAGUUAUGUGCAACUCCUAAAAUGGAAGACUUAUUUAAUAUUCAUAAUCUUGUAGCAUUAAUAGAAUAUUAUAAGGAAUAUCAAGGACUUCCUUAUGCAUUUAGAAAUGCAGCUAAUCCUGGAUUUUCUGAGGCUAUUGGGGAAACAAUAGUAUUAUCAGCUCAAACAAAAGAUCAUUUAAAUUUUUUUGGAAUUCAAUCUAAACAAUCUGAAAAGGCAGACAUAAAUAAACUGUUGAGGAUAGCAUUGGAAAAGGUCGCUUUCAUACCUUACAGUUACAUUUUAGUACUCUGGCGGCAUAAAGUUUUCAUGGGUGAAAUCAAUGUAACUAAUUACAAUUCUGAAUGGUGGAAGCUGAGGUCAGAGUACCAAGGAAUUUGUCCACCUGUUAAGAGGACUGAAGAUGAUUUUGAUGUUGGAUGCAAGCAGCACAUUAUUGCUAAUCAGCCAUAUAUCAAGUACUUUCUCAGCACGAUAUUGCAGUUCCAGUUUUAUGAAGCACUUUGUAAACAAUCAGGUUUUCAAGGACCUCUUCAUAAAUGUAAUAUAAUAGGCUCUGAAAAAGCUGGGAAAACCCUAAGGGAUGCUAUGUCAAUGGGCUCUUCUCGCCAUUGGAAAGACGUGUUGGAAGUCCUGACAGGAACACGUAAGAUUGAGAGCAGGCCACUGAUGCGUUACUUUGAACCACUUAUGGCCUGGCUGCAGCGAGAAAAUAAAGAAAAAAAAACACAACUUGGAUGGGACAAAAUUAAAUUUAAAUACAGCGAUUAA